AUGACCUCGUUAAUACAGACCUCAAUAGAGGCAAUGGGGAACCCCAACACAAUCCCCACCACCAAACAAGAACAUUUAUCAUCCUCAUCCGAAACGUCAAUAGAUUCGACAUCUGGUAAGUUGAGCGCCGGCAACACCAGCAAGUCCUCAGUCACCUCAAUCCCGUUAUUGAAGUCCUUCCAAGAUUGGUGGUCGUCAUCGCUGGAACUAAAACGAGAGCAUAGCAAAUUGAACAAAGACGAUUUGAAAUUCAAAGAGGCGUUGCUUAAGAAUAGACAAAUUGAAUACGACUUAUUCAGAGCUGUUUUACUGAAUGAUAUUUACAUUGAGUCACCAGAGUUGGGAGAGACCGAGACGAGUGGCACCAAAGACAAGGACAAAGCCAAGUCAAACACAAAGCGAGGUGCGCUACUUGAUAUUGAGCUUAAAGACGGGUCAUUCAUUCACGAAUUUUACUUGGAAAAUACCAACCCUGGUCCAGAACAACACAUUGUGAUCAUACACGGAUACAUGGCGGCAUUGGGAUACUUUAUCAAAAACAUUGAACUGUUGGUUCAAAUCCCCGGUAUACGUAUCCAUUUGAUUGAUUUACCCGGGUUUGGAAAUUCAGCAAGACCCCGAUUUCCAAGACAGUUUCUCACUACUCCCACCAAAAAACGACAACAGAUUGAACAGAUUUUGGAGAUUGAAACUUGGUUUAUUGACAAGAUUGAAAAUUGGCGUAUGGUGAGAAAUAUCACCCAUUUCAAAGUCAUUGCUCAUUCAAUGGGUGCGUAUUUGUCUUGUUGUUACUUGAUGAAAUAUGGGAUACAAGACAACGGUAAUAAUAUUGUCACCGAUUUGAUCUUGGUUAGUCCAAUGGGCACGGAAUCGAAUCAGCAUAGUUUGAUUAAUGACGAGAGAUACAAUGUGAAUCUCCACUACACCAGUAACCCUUUACGAGAGUUACAAUUUGAAGAAGAAGAAGAAGGAGGAGGAGCAAGAGGAGGAGCAGGAGAAGAAGGAGAGGCAGAAAAAGUGGUGGUUAGUCCUGAAUUCACUAAAGCUUUGGAACUAGUGGGCAAACCUAAAUUCCCCAAAAGUUCAGUAUUACAGAAACUUUGGGAAAAUAAUAAAUCACCCUUUGACUUGUUACAAAAGACGGGUCCAUUCUACUCGAAAUUGAUUUCGUACUGGUCAUUUGCCAGAUUUAGAAACUUGGCUGGUUCCCACGACACAAUGGACCUCAUUUACAAAUUACACGGUUACUCAUUCUCCAUUUUCAACCAGUAUCAAUCCCUGGGAGAAUUGGCAAUUACAAAACUCAUAAAUCAUGAAAUCUUGGCCAAAUUGCCACUUUGUGAUCGAGGGUUUGUUGAUUUGGUGGUGGAUAAUGGUAUCAAUACGUUGUGGGUGUAUGGAGAUAAAGAUUGGAUGAAUUCAAAAGGAGGUGAAUAUAUUUACAAGAAGAUUGUGGAAAAGAAUGAUGCAAUUACAAAGUUUGAAAUAGUUCAAGAUGCUGGACAUCACAUAUAUCUCGAUAAUCCACAAGCUUUCAACAAGUUGGUUCUAAAUUUCUUCUUUUCUUCACCGAGUGUUUAG